CGGGACGUAAGCAGUGUGCGCCGCGGCCUGCCGCCCUGCGCGGGGGUGGGCGCGCCUGCGCACUGGGGGCGCGCUCGGUGCGGGAGGCUCCGAGGGGCUGGCGAUGGCUCCGGCGAGGCGCCGCUCAGAUUGCAGUUAUAGAAGAUAGACACCCAGGAGAUUUUGCCUUUCGCCAUGGCUCAGUUUGGAGGACAGAAGAAUCCCCCUUGGGCUACUCAGUUUACAGCCACUGCAGUAUCUCAGCCAGCUGCUCUUGGUGUACAGCAGCCAUCGCUGCUUGGAGCCUCUCCUACAAUAUACACCCAGCAGACGGCAUUGGCAGCGGCAGGCCUAACUACACAAACACCAACGAACUAUCAGCUAACUCAGACAGCUGCUUUACAGCAGCAAGCUGCAGCUGCAGCAGCUGCGUUACAGCAGCAAUAUUCACAACCUCAGCAGACUCUCUAUAGUGUACAGCAACAGUUGCAGCAACCUCAGCAGACCCUUUUAACUCAGCCAGCUGUUGCACUACCUACCAGUCUUAGCCUGUCUACUCCUCAGCCGGCAGCCCAGAUAACUGUUUCUUAUCCAGCCCCCCGGUCAAGUCAACAGCAAACCCAACCACAAAAGCAGCGUGUCUUCACUGGGGUAGUUACUAAACUACAUGAUACAUUUGGUUUUGUGGAUGAAGAUGUCUUUUUUCAGCUUAGUGCUGUUAAAGGAAAGACACCUCAGGUGGGUGACAGAGUUUUGGUAGAAGCUACUUACAAUCCUAAUAUGCCAUUCAAAUGGAAUGCACAGAGGAUCCAGACACUUCCAAAUCAGAACCAGACACAAGCUCAGCCGUUACUGAAGACACCUCCAGCGGUUCUUCAGCCCAUUGCACAGCAGACUGCAUUCAGUGUUCAGGCACAGCCACAGCCACAGUCCUUGUUGCAGGCACAGAUAUCGGCAGCUUCAAUCACACCUUUGCUUCAGACACAGCCUCAGCCGUUACUGCAGCAGCCACAGCAGAAAGGUGGCUUGUUACAGCCCCCUGUUCGUCUAGUUUCACAGCCUCAGCCAGCUCGAAGAUUAGACCCACCAUCCAGAUUUUCUGGGAGGAAUGACAGAGGAGGAGACCCUAUGCCAAACCGAAAAGAUGACAGGAGUCGUGAAAGAGAACGAGAGAGACGUAGGUCCCGGGAAAGAUCACCCCAGAGAAAACGCUCCAGAGAGAGAUCACCUAGACGAGAGAGGGAGAGGUCACCUCGGAGACCGCGACGUGUUGUUCCUCGUUACACGGUUCAGUUUUCCAAGUUUUCAUUGGACUGCCGUAGCUGUGAUAUGAUGGAGCUGAGGAGGCGUUACCAGAACUUGUAUAUCCCAAGUGAUUUCUUUGAUGCUCAGUUUACUUGGGUGGAUGCUUUUCCUAUGUCUAGACCGUUUCAGCUGGGGAACUACUGUAAUUUCUACGUAAUGCAUAGAGAAGUAGAUCCUAUAGAUAAAAAUGCUGCGGUCCUUGAUCCACCUGAUGCUGAUCAUCUGUACAGUGCAAAGGUGAUGUUGAUGGCUAGUCCUAGUAUGGAGGAUCUCUAUCAUAAGUCAUGUGCUCUGGCUGAAGAUCCCCAAGAACUUCGUGAUGGAUUUCAGCAUCCUGCUAGACUUGUAAAGUUUUUAGUGGGUAUGAAAGGCAAAGAUGAAGCUAUGGCUAUUGGAGGACACUGGUCCCCUUCACUGGAUGGACCUGAUCCAGAAAAGGACCCUUCCGUGCUGAUAAAGACGGCUAUUCGCUGUUGCAAGGCUCUUACAGGGAUUGACUUAAGUGUGUGCACACAAUGGUACCGUUUUGCAGAGAUUCGCUACCAUCGCCCUGAGGAGACCCACAAGGGGCGUACAGUUCCAGCUCAUGUGGAGACAGUGGUUUUAUUUUUCCCGGAUGUUUGGCAUUGCCUUCCCACCCGCUCAGAGUGGGAAACCCUCUCCCGAGGAUACAAGCAGCAGCUGGUCGAGAAGCUUCAGGGUGAACGCAAGGAGGCUGAUGGAGAACAGGACGAAGAGGAAAAGGAUGAUGGGGAAGCUAAAGAGAUCUCUACACCUACACACUGGUCUAAACUGGAUCCAAAAACAAUGAAGGUAAAUGACCUUCGCAAAGAAUUAGAAAGUCGAACCCUUAGCUCUAAAGGACUGAAAUCUCAGUUGAUAGCUCGACUGACAAAGCAGCUGAAAGUAGAGGAACAAAAAGAAGAGCAAAAGGAGCUAGAGAAGUCUGAGAAAGAAGAGGAAGAGGAGGAAGACAGGAAAUCUGAAGAUGACAAAGAGGAAGAAGAAAGAAAACGUCAAGAAGAAAUGGAACGUCAGCGGCGAGAAAGACGAUAUAUCUUGCCUGAUGAACCAGCAAUCAUUGUACAUCCUAACUGGGCAGCAAAGAGUGGAAAGUUUGACUGUAGCAUUAUGUCUCUUAGUGUUCUUCUGGAUUACAGAUUAGAAGAUAAUAAAGAACAUUCCUUUGAGGUAUCAUUGUUUGCAGAACUCUUCAAUGAAAUGCUUCAGAGAGAUUUUGGUGUCAGAAUUUACAAAGCACUGAUCUCUCUCCCAGAGAGGGAGGACAAAAAAGACAAAAAAGGCAAAAAAGAUGACAGAAAAGAAAAAAAAGAAGAAAAAGAUGACGAAACAGAUGAUCCAAAACCUAAGAGGAGAAAAUCUGGAGACGAUAAAGACAAAAAAGAAGACAGAGAUGAAAAGAAGAGGGAAGAUAAAAGGAAAGAUGAUUCUAAAGAUGAAGAAGAAACUGAAGAUGACAAUAAUCAAGAAGAAUAUGAUCCAAUGGAGGCAGAAGAUGCUGAAGAUGAAGAUGAAGACCGGGAUGAAGAGGAAAUGAACAAACGGGAGGACAGAAGAGAGGGAAAUAGGCAUUGUAAAGAGAGGUCGUCUAAAGAUAAAGAGAAAGACAAGACGCAGAUGGUAACUGUUAAUAGGGAUCUUCUGAUGGCUUUUGUUUAUUUUGAUCAAAGUCAUUGUGGAUAUCUUCUGGAGAAGGACAUGGAGGAGAUACUGUACACUCUUGGACUACACCUGUCACGUGCUCAGGUCAAGAAGCUACUUAAUAAAGUAGUGCUUAGAGAAUCUUGCUUUUACAGAAGACUAACAGAUACUUCUAAAGAUGAAGAAAACCAAGAAGAGUCUGAAGAGCUUCAGGAAGAUAUGUUAGGAAACAGAUUACUGUUACCGUCACCCACUAUAAAGCAAGAAUCAAAAGCCAUAGAAGAAAAUGUUGGCCUCAUCGUGUACAAUGGAGCUAUGGUGGAUGUUGGGAGCCUUUUACAGAAGCUGGAGAAGAGUGAAAGAGUGCGAGCAGAGAUAGAACAAAAGCUUCAGUUACUAGAAGAAAAAACAGAUUACGAUGAAAAGACCAUACUACAGCUGGAGAAUUCUAACAAAAGUCUAUCUACGGAGCUCAAAGAAGUGAAAAAGGACCUUGGCCAACUGCAAGAAAAUUUGAAGAUCUCAGAUGAUAAAAAUUUGCAAUUUGAGGGUCAGCUGAAUAAGACAAUCAAAAAUUUAGCUACUGUUAUGGAUGAAAUACAGAGUGUUCUUAAACAGGAUAUUGUGAAGAGCGAAGAUAAAGAUCAGAAAUCCAAAGAAAAUGGAGCAAACGUAUGAUAAAACUGCUGCUGUUUAGAAGAAUGGUGUUACAUAAUGUAAUAUAAAUCAUGAUACCAGAAUGUAUGGGAAGUGAUGCAUGUUUGAUUUUAGUAGUAUAAAUAUCUUAGUUCCAAAAGAUGUAUAAAGUUUUAUGAAUGUGAGUGUCUGCUCCUUGAAGAUUGCUUGUAAUUCUUAGCAUUCAAUGAGACACUCCUCAAAUGAAAAUAAUUUUGCAUUGCAAAAUGUUUUAGGAUGAACUUUGUUAUAGUUUUAACCCUAAUAAAGUUCAUCAAUGUAAUGAACAGUAGCAAGUAUUUAAUUACCAAAUGUUUUUCAUUAAAGUCUAGUGAAAUCAAAAUUUUCAUUAUUUAUAGAAUUGCCAUUUUUAGGUUUUUAUUUUUAUUUCGGUCUAAUUAGUCUUUUUAAAUUCAAAUAUAAAUCACAAAAUAGCAUGCUGCUUAAUUUUGCAAGUAAAGACUUUUUUUAAAAAAAAGCUUCUUGGAUUUUUUUUUUUUACUUGUCACAACUUUCUUUUCCCUUCCAACUUUCUUCCCCAAGCUGCUUGUAUUAAAGCCUCAUAAUAUACAGUAGUUCAGAUGAGUUAAGAAAGCAAUAGAAACCUACCAAAAUACUGGUAGUAUUGUGGAAUUUAUAUGAAAAUACAUGGGCCUGUUUUAAAUGUAUGUCAAUUGUGUUCAUUUAAUUGUUAUCUCUGGAUUAAUAUAUAUGCUCCUUCCUAAUAAUAAAUGCAGUGUAUGAAAAUGUAUGGUUGGAUACCAGGCCAGUAGAUGUCAGAAUAAUGCCUUACAUGGAGAAAAUGCUAUCGUUGUAAACAGCCUUUAAUUAAAUUUGGACCUCUUUCUUAACAUGUGUAAUAACUUCAAAGGCUUUAGUCCAAGAAAAGAAUGGAUACACAAGUAUCGGUACUCCAUGUUAUAACUGCUACGGAGCAGGACACAACUUGGUUUGUUGGAAGUGGGCAAGAUUCCUUUCAUUUGUGUUCACAAAUCACUAGAGAUCUAGACUUAAAAGUUAACAUGACAUCAUUGUCAGAGGCAACUUAUUCAAAUAAUGUGAAAUAUGAACAGUCUUCUGGUGCAACUUCCAGGAAAAUUAAGGGUUUUGAAGGUUGGGACAGAAACAUUAUCUUACAGAAAUGGUUCAUUUUAGCAGACCUUCUUUUUUAGCCUAGAUGUCCUAGGUAACUAAAUACCUGUUAGGGGGAGUCCAAGUGCCAUAACGUGUAUAAAUAACCUACAUGGAAACUCAUGUAGGUUUACUGAGAUACACAUUAAAAUGCCUGAAUUUAUGUUCAAAAGAGUCUAAGCUGGUGCUUUUAUCACUUAGCUUUCUUGGCUCUUUUGAAGCUAGACCAGUGAAAUACUUUUUCAUUAAAAUAACAUGCAUAAGCUUCCCCCUCAUUCAUCUUAGUUGAGUCACUGUAUAAUAUCGUAACUGCUCACACUAAAAUAGGAAGUACUAUAAAAACACUAAUUAUUGCAUAUAAGUACACAGAAAAUGCAUGCUUUAUGAAUUAAGAGAUAACAUCUCAGAAUGAUUGAGGAUGGUGAUAAAUUUGUCUUACAAAAAGCAUUACCUGUGGUGUACAGAUGGUGUUAACAGAUUCUUUUGUAAUCAAAUUAUAUUUUUCACCUUUACCUUUGUACAAAUUGUUGAUGGCAUGUUUCAUUUUUGACGUUGAGCACUGUUUAUUUAAAUGGACUUGAAAGGAUUGCAUUUGAAUUACUUUGUUAAUGGAUUUCAGCAGUACAUGUGAACCUACAAGAAAAUAAUUCUAGAAUUCAACACUUUUUAGGCACACUGAAACAUCUGUUGAAAUAUUUUGCUGGGGUGUUUUUACAUUAAACUGCUGAGCUGAAAGCAGUUGUUGCCACAAGCAGGCCUCAUCUUGUGUUUCAGUAAGUGGCCCUGUGAGAUAGUUGCUAGAGUGAUAACAGAUUUUUACAGUACUUAAGAAAAAAAGUAUUUGUUAGAAUGACUGUAAUCUUUAUAUUGCUUUGAUGUAAUAGUGUUUCAAUACUAUGUACAGUCUGCAUUUAUGUUGGAAAGGAACUCAAAAGGGUAAAGAAUAAAGGAAAAAAAACAAGGAAAAGUUUGACAACCUACAGAGCUUGACCAGUCUCCUGAAGCACAAAUAAUCUGAGGAAGAACAGAUACCUUCCUCAGCUUGUUAAAGUUGGUUUACCAAACCGCACAAGAUUCUGUGUAUGACUAGUACUGAUGCUGUGUAUUAGCUAAAGAUUCUCGGUAAUAUUCCCAGAAAUGUAAUUAAUUCUUAAAAAGUUGAAUACAGAUCAGUAAUAGAGGUUUGGAGAAGCAAUCUGUCAGUUUUAAUUUAUGAACACUGUUUUUGCAUUUUAUAUCCACACUUUGCAUCUCACGGGCUUUGCACUUCUAAGUCUUGUGUUACCUAUGAGUUGCUGGUAAAAGUGAGCCCGAGCUGACUUUUACCCUGAUGCCUCAAAGUCUGGUUUUUGUUUGUAGUUGUAGAAUCAUCAUGGAUGCUCCAUAGAAAAUUGUAAAUCUCAGGCUGCCUUGUUUUGUAGAGAAAGCACUGCUACAGCAGGCCAGUAAAUGCUCAGUUCAUAGAUUAUUUUCCUCCCCUUUUGUAUUUUGUCUAGUAUGGUGGAAUUAAUGAGUUAAACCCUUAUAAAGUAAUACUCAGACUAGCGGAUGUCUAUGAGUAAGGCUAGGAAGAAAGUUCCAAGUGAUUCAUGUGUAUGCAAAAUGGUCUAGAAUAGACUCUCUUGAGGCCCCUUUGCUUUUGCUCUGGCAUAAAAAGGCAGAAUUACAUAGUUUCAGUGCUACAUAGCAACAGUGGGCAAGUAGACCAAUAACUACUUUCUGCCAAAGUUUUCUGAAGUGUUGAGGAUUGCAUGCAGGAUAAUGGAGCUGCUUCCAGCACCACUGUGUGUUCUACCAGGAUGAAGAUAUGUAAUGUUUUUUUGACUCGCCCAGCGCUUGAUGCUUGUGCAUGCAGUGCCUGGGCACUGCUGCAAAAUCACUUCCCGGUUGUUGCUUGGUUUAUCCAGUGUCCUCCGACAGCCUGGGCACUCUGAAGCAUACGAUGCAGACGCUGGAAUUCUUUGGUGCCCAUGGGUGUCCACAGAUCCAGCAUUUACAAUUGAGUUGUUUCAGAAUCUAACAUUAUGCAGCCUAGUCCUUUAAGAUAACAUUAUUUUUUCAGUGUUUUAACUGCUUUGAGAGAGAUGAAUGAAUUUUCAGUCCAUCUUUCUGCUGAGUAAUGUGCUGUGUGAAUAUCUGUUUGGACUUAUGUAACACAGUUAACUUUAGCUGGUGAUUUUAUCCAGAAUGUGCACAAAACAUGUUUUUUCUCUUGCUUCUCUGUAAUCUUUGUGUACCCAGGUCAGGUUCUUACCUUGAAUGCAUUUGUUCAGUGCAGUUUAUAUUUAAAAAUAUAAAAUAUUUCAUUUUGAGUGACUGAGUCUUAUGGCCAGCAGUAAGAUUACAAAAUGUGUAGGUAGCACACUUAGCACACUUAAUGCUAAUAUUUUGCAGAAAGCAGAAAUGGUUCAGUAGAAAUUCAGCUGGGACUUGUAUAUUGCCAUGUAGUGCAACAAUAAAAAUGGCACAAAUGA